UUGGUCUAAGAGCUUGCGCGAAUCAUGAACGCUCAGCUGACGAUGGAGAAUCUGGGCGACUUGCAAGGGGUGCCUCAUGAUCCGGUGCAGCCGGGCGACCUGAUGAGCAGCCAGAGCCCUCACAGCCGCCCGCUCGGUCAUCGGAACCUGCCGGUCCACGCCCGCUCCAUGGUCUCCAGCAUGGCUUCGAUCCUGGACGGCCCCGGCGACUACCACCGGCCCCCGGAGCACGCCCUGGCCGCCCCUCUGCACCCGACCAUGACCAUGGCUUGCGAGACGCCGCCGGGGAUGAGCAUGAGCAGCACGUACACCACCCUGACCCCGCUGCAGCCGCUGCCUCCGAUCUCCACCGUGUCGGACAAGUUCCCCCCCCACCACCACCACCACCACCACCACCACCACCACCACCAGCAGCGGCUGCCCAGCAACGUGAGCGGCACCUUCACCCUGAUGAGGGACGACCGGGGCUUAUCGUCCAUGAACAACCUGUACAGCCACUACCACAAGGAGAUGGCCGGCGUGGGUCCCAGCCUCUCCCCACUGUCCGGAUCCCCUCUGGCCAACGGCCUGGGCACCAUCCACACCUCCCAGCACGGCCUGCCGCCUUACGGGCACGCUGGCCCCAUGCCCGGCGACAAGAUGCUGACCCCGAGCGGCUUCGAUGGGCACCCGGCGAUGCUGCCCCGGGGCGAUCAGCACCUGAGCCGCGGGCUCACCCCUCCCUCCGUGGGCAUGGUGCCCAUCAACGGCCUCCACCACCACCCGCACGUCCACCCGCACGCCCAGGGCCACGGGCAGGUCCUGGGGACGGCUCGGGGUGACCCGCCGCCCCCUUCCUCCACCGGCUCGCAGGCCAGCGGCGGCGGUCCGGUGACGGGCCAACUGGAGGAGAUCAACACCAAAGAGAUAGCUCAGAGAAUCACCACCGAACUCAAGCGUUACAGCAUCCCCCAGGCCAUUUUCGCGCAGCGGGUGCUGUGCCGCUCGCAGGGGACCCUGUCCGACCUACUGAGGAACCCCAAACCCUGGAGUAAACUCAAAUCCGGCCGGGAGACAUUCAGGCGCAUGUGGAAGUGGCUGCAGGAACCGGAGUUCCAGCGGAUGUCGGCUUUGCGGCUGGCAGCGUGCAAAAGAAAAGAGCAGGAACACGGCAAGGAGAGGGGCGCUGCGCCCAAAAAGCCUCGGCUGGUCUUCACAGACGUUCAGCGCAGAACUCUACACGCAAUAUUCAAAGAAAACAAGCGUCCGUCCAAAGAAUUGCAAAUCACCAUUUCCCAGCAGCUGGGCUUGGAGUUGAGCACCGUCAGCAAUUUCUUUAUGAACGCGCGCCGGAGGAGUCUGGAUAAAUGGCAGGAUGACGGCAGCUCCAACUCAGUCAACUCAUCUUCCUCAUCAAGCACUUGUACCAAAGCAUGA